AUGCACAGCGCCAACAACGACAACGCGCCGCCGCCGCCGUACAGAGCACACGGCUUCGGUGAUGCACCUGGCUCUUCAACUGCGCCAGCGGACGCGCAAGGCGACUUGAUCGAUCUCGGUGACCACAUCAGCGGCACCCCAUCUAUAUCGCCGCCCUCGUACGAGGCGUCCUACAAUGAUCAUGCUCGCAGCAGCAGCGAGACCAUUGCUAGUCCAUCGGUUCUCCCCGAAAAGAAGUCCAGCUGGAACUACGCGGACAGAUUGACUGCUGACGAAGGCUCCUCCUCGUCGGCCACGUCGUCCCUCGACUGUGGUCACUGGGCGAGCCGUGGCUGCUCGAUGACGUCAGGCCCGCGGCGCUGCUGCUCCUGUCUCGACCGCCGCGAGCACCGUCCCGACGGGCGGUACCCUGUCUACGUUGACGGCAUGGGCGACCGAUUCGGUUCCACCACGCGCUGGGCCCACUACUGCACGCCGUGCAAGGAGUACGAGCGCGCCGCGGCGAGCAGCAAAGGCACCACGUACGUCGGUGAUGCUGGGCCGCCCGAUGUCGCCGCAAUGCGGCGCGCGCGUCGCGAGGCCAGGCGGCAGGCCAAGAUCGAUCGCACGGCGCGCAUGAAAGCGAAAGACGAUGCCGCCGACCAGAUCCGUGAGGCACAGGCCAGGCUGGAUGAGGCCAAGGGGCUCGACGACCAGAACCAAAUAUACUACAUGACACACACCAAGAAACACAUACGGCGCGAACGCCACGCUGAGCGCGCCCGAAUCGAGCAAGAAGAACGGGAGCGCGUGGCCAAGGACGCUGCCGACCUUACGGUGCUGCGCGACAUGCGUCGGCAGGCCCAGCUGCAGGCCGCCGAUCUGGAGCGGCAGCUGGCCGAGAAGCGCGCGCGCGUUGCCCACCUGGACCACCAGAUCCGCAUGCGCGAACUGCGGGCCGUGCCAGCCCCUGCAAAGCCCGCGGCCCCGGGCCAGCAGCCCAGCAUGCCGCAAAAGUCAGACUUGUCCGGCAUGUCGGCGUCGGACCGUUCUGCCAUUGCCGAAAAGGCUGCACUCGCCGACAGCUACCGCGAUCACCGCCGGGAGACAUCGACGACGCCCGCCACCGCCACCGCCACCCGCUUCGCCCUCUCCUCUACGAAUGCCUACGAACCGAAUCGGCAAGUCGCUGCGGGUGGGGUGGCUGCCAACCUAGCGCUGCCACCCCAGGCGGAAAAGCCGGGCGGCUUCUUUUCCAGUGCAGGUCCCAGCAGUAGCGGAGGCGCGGACGGCGGUAGAAGCGCCUACGCCACGGGCCCUGGUAGUGGUCCCGGCGCCGGCCACGGCUCCUCCUCGUCAGGCUGGCUCGGCCGCAUGUUUGGACGUGGCAAGGGCAAAGAAAGGGAGCGGGAACCGGCCGCCGGGGAAACCUACUAUGGCGAGCAUUUCUAUGCACGAAAGCGCGCCGAGAUUGAGGCCGCCGCCCAGGCCAGGGAGUACACGAAGGAGAAGAAGUGA